AUGUCAAUAGUAUAUGGAAUCAGUUUAUCAGUUCCUCGUUAUCUACAUUCAAAAGUAUCUCAUACUAUGCCUGUAAACAAUAAUUUCAAUGAACAUGAUACUAUACUCUUACAACCUCAAUUUGAUAAAAUACGAAUUGUAAUUUUAGCUGGUUUGAAUAAUGAUGAAUUAAUUUCAACGGAAAUAACCAUUCGCCUACUGCGUCACUUAUGUACAGGUUUAGACUCUUCAAGUCCUGAAAUUUGGCGUAUUUUAGCUACAAGUCAGCUGCUGAUAUUUCCAUAUUUAGAUCCUAUUGGUAUACAUAAAUCGUUAUCUAGAGUGAAGGAGAAACAGAAUAUAGUCUACCAGAGUCGAAGUACUUGUGGUUCUACUUCAGAAUUCAGUGAUAGUCGUUCUGUAUACAUGACGGCGAACAAACGAUUUCCAAGUUUUAGCGCUUUUAUUUCACAAAUGAUGCUGUAUUCGAUAAUAAAGAUUUUCAGAGAAUAUUACAUCAUUUCCAACCACAUUUGGUUAUUUUGUUGGAAUCCAACAAUGCAAGCUAUUCACUGGUCGAUAGUUUGA